AUGAAAAAUUAUUUUAAAAGCGAUGGACUUGAUCUUAGGGGUGGCCAGCAGGGGACAGUGAUGGCUACUCGUAAAGAAGAACGAAAGGCAAACAGAAAAAGGAUAUGGUUAAAAGGCAAAGACAGCUAUUCUAUGGUAAUGACCAUCCAGGGGGCUAUUCCCACCAUAAGCAAUAAUAUGGAUAAGCCAAAGCCUUGUUAUGAGAAGGGAAUGACCCUUUAUUUGUUUCAGUUCAGUGUUCCCUGCACAAGGCUCUUGUCCUCCUCCCACCAAAGCAAUCUGAGUCAGGGACAAGGAAAGAGAAGGGAAAUAGCCAAUUGUAAGGGGGCCAGUGGCAAGGAGAGACCACUGGGUUCACUCCACUUGCUGCAGUAG